AUGCCAAAAUAUAAGAGUGCGAAAUUCAUGUUUAAAGAAGACCCAAAUAAUAAGCGAUGGGCCGAAGAUAAAUCACGUCUCGGAUUUAAACUUUUAGAAAAGAUGGGAUGGAAAGAAGGAGAUGGACUUGGAAAAAAGAGAGAUGGAAUGACAGAACACGUAAAAGUUGCAUUUAAAACAGAUACAGCAGGAAUUGGUGCACAUGAAGAAGCCAAGAAGGAACGAACGGUUUGUCAAAAGAUGUCUUCUUUCUCGGAAGUGUUAUCACGAUUAAAGACAACAACAUCACAACAAGAUUCUUCAAGUAGUAGUAGUAGCAGCAGUGAUGAAGAAGAAUCAACUAUGAAAAUUAACAAAGAAGAAACAAAGACAAAAAUCAACCGUAUUCAUCAUCACAGAAGAGCACGAUCGAAAAUGACAAGCAAUUAUUCACAAGAGGAUUUAGCUGCAAUCCUAGGAAAGAGUCCAUUAAUAACCAACGAAAAAAAGUCGAAAGAAAAAACAACAAAUUCUGAUUCGCUUGAAAAUCAAACAAGCUCACCAACAAAAGACUCAACAGUGCCUGAAAACACUCUGGCUUCUGAAGAAUCUGAAAAGAAAAGAAAAAGAAAGGAAAAGAAAGAAAAGAAAGAAAAGAAAAAGAAAAUUGAGGAAGAGGAGUAA